GGGGGGCGUGUCCGCCGGCGGGGGCGUGUCGUACUGGGGGCGUGGCUCUCUGCUCCGGUGCAGGCCAACAGGGCGUCCUCGGCUGGGCUGGGCUGGGCUGGACGCAACUGACCGUGGUCGUGGGCGGACGGUGGCUGCAGCGCGGAGGAGCUGGGAUCGCGGUGGGCCCGGGACGUGCGCGCUUGGUGCACGAACCUGAAGGGGAGCUCCAAGGGGCCUGGGUCGCCAGGGCUGCUGCUGCAAUUCUCAGAGCCCGGCGAGGGGCCCGCGAGUCACUGGCUCAGGCCGUCCCAGGGCCCCGGGCGCACCCGGUGGCCGCUGCUCAGCGGAGGGAGCGCGGCGGCGCGGGGUCUCGGAGACAGCUUUUCUCCCGGAAGCAUUCCUCGGGCCGCAGGCGGAAAGUGGGGGCCGGAGCGGCAGCAGGCCGCGUCCUCUCCGCAGGUCGGCACCAUGCGACCUGCAGCCCUACGCGGGGCCCUGCUGGGCUGCCUCUACCUGGCGUUGCUUUGCCUGGGCGGUGCGGACAAGCGCCUGCGUGACAACCAUGAGUGGAAAAAGCUGAUUAUGGUUCAGCACUGGCCUGAGACAGUAUGCGAGAAAAUUCAAAACGACUGUAGAGACCCUCCGGAUUACUGGACAAUACAUGGACUAUGGCCUGAUAAAAGUGAAGGAUGUAACAGAUCGUGGCCCUUCAAUUUAGAAGAGAUUAAGGAUCUUUUGCCAGAAAUGAAGGCAUACUGGCCUGAUGUAAUUCACUCGUUUCCCAAUCGCAGCCGCUUCUGGAAGCAUGAGUGGGAAAAGCAUGGGACCUGUGCCGCCCAGGUGGACGCGCUCAACUCCCAGAAGAAGUACUUUGGCAGAAGCCUGGAACUCUACAGGGAGCUGGACCUCAACAGUGUGCUCCUAAAAUUGGGGAUAAAACCAUCCAUCAAUUACUAUCAAGAUGAAGAAGUACAGACAGUUGGUCAGAUAGAACUGUGCCUCACUAAGCAAGACCAGCAGCUGCAAAACUGCACUGAGCCGGGGGAGCAGCUGUCCCCCAAGCAGAAAGCGUGGCUGGCAGAUGGGGACACCGAGAGCAGGGGUCUGAGGGUCUGUGAAGAUGGCCCAGUCUUCUAUCCCCCACCUAAAAAGAUAAAGCACUGAUGCCCACGUUUUGGAAAUAUUCUGUUUUAAAAAGCAAGAGAAAUUCACAAACUGCAGCUUUCUAAAAAACAACUCCAAAGUGAA